AUGCUGCUCUCCACCUCCAUCAUUCUUCUUCUCUCUUCAAGCGCGUUCGCCUCACCCACUAACCUCCUUCCUCGCGCCACUGCUCAAUGCGGUCAAUACCAAUCCCAAGCCUCCGGUCCAUACACGCUUUACACCAAUGGUUGGGGCUGGUCUUCUGGAACCGGGUCUCAAUGCUCGCAAAUUGACAGUUUGACUGGUACCACUCUGGCCUACUCAACAACAUGGUCUUGGUCUGGCACAACCAACCAGGUGAAGAGCUACACGAACGUUGAGACGACUUUCACGAAGAAACAGCUAAGUUCUUACACAAGUAUGCCGACGGCAUGGAAGUGGAGCUAUACUGGAACAGAUCUGCGGGUCAACGUCGCUUACGACACCUUCCUCGGCGCAUCAGCCAGUGACGCCAAUCUCUUCGAAAUCAUGGUCUGGCUUGGUGUAUUCGGCGGUGUAUCACCCUUGUCUUCGAAUGGAUAUCCCUUCACACCUAUUGCCACCGUGACCGUCGGUGGCACGAUUUUCGACCUCGCGUAUGGUCUAAAUGGCUCCGUCAAAGUAUACAGCUUCGUCGCUCGUGGGGCUGCUGCGACUAACUUCAGCGCUGAUUUAAAUCUGUUUUUCAAGUACUUGUUGGCCAACUACGGAAACAAAGGAUUUACGAAUAGCUUGUACUUACAGACCGUACAGGCAGGAACGGAGGUGUUCACAGGUAGUAACGCGAAGUUGACUACCAGUGCGUAUUCUAUCUCCAUCACGUAG